CAGAAACCAGACUGCCGUGGGAAGUGACGGGACCUCGCACACUCUCGUUUUAACGGUCCUGAAAAACGUUGGAUUUUUUUUUCAAAGAAAACUGCUCGUCAUGACACCUUCAGAGACUUUGGCGUUUUUCCAACAUGGAAUUCCUUACUCUCGUCAGACACACCUGGUGCCAGGAAAACUAGCCAUCGUCUUGUCAUGUCUAUACAUUACUGCUGUUUCCACCCAAGAUGGAAAGAUUGAGUGCACUGUACCGUUGGUGAAGCCUCUUCAAGAAGCAGUUCUUAUUUGUCAAUUUCCCGAGGAUCUCAGUGUGACAAAGAAAUCAUUCUCGGUUUACCACUAUGCCAAAGAUGGCAGCCAAGAUGCUGUAAUAGACUGCUGGUGGUUGAAUAAUAAACUUGAAUGCUAUGAUAAACCUGGCUUCAAGUCCAGCAAGACCGUUGGAGCAAACAUGACAGUUACCAUCAGAGAAGUGACCUCAGAGGUCACCGGGAAGUACGCUUGUCAGGUGGAUGGCUACGGACCGAAGUCUCCGGGAGCUUGCGAGCUUGAGUUUGAACUUGGGAGCAGCGACACAUGCAGCAUCGUUCAGAACCAAUUUCAAGCCAACAUCACUUGCUUCUUCACUGAGGACAUUGCGAAAACAAGAAGAAGGUUUGCGGUCUAUAAACACAACGGGCAAGAAAAACACAUGGUCGCGAAUUGCUCAUGGGAGGGCACAAGGUCCAGGUGUCAGGUGGAACAUGGUUACCUGAACACUGAUGAUGUAUCCUACUACACUACUCUCAGGAUACUGGAGGUAGCAAAGGAUCAGAGGGGUAACUACUCUUGUUGGCAUGAAGGUUCUACUUCUGGUCAGCAGGAGACGUGUCAACUAAAUGUUGACGACAAUGAAACACUUGCUGCAAAAGUGAUUGAAACGGACAACACUUUUGCGAUUGUACUGGGGUCAGUGAUUUCGACUUUCUUACUGGUGGCUGGGAUCGUCUCAUUGAUGGUUUUUAAAGGAAAGAUUCCGUUCUUGCAUCAUCGGAUCACCCAGCGAAAUAGAAAACUAGAUUGUGAAGAACGUUCUCUGAUGACAACGCCGAAUGAUACAAGCGUUGAGGGGAUCACUAAGAAGUUUAAUGCGGUCUCGUUUGAUGAUGUUUAA